CUGGUGUGGCUCUCCAGACCCGAAGCGCGAGGUGAAGCCGCUUUCCGCGGAGCUGUCCACUCUAGGAGGUGCUGAAACGAGGAUUUCACGUCAGCCGACAGUUGGAAGGAAUGCACAAACUCCGAGGACGUUGUACAGCUUAACCAAAACGGGAUUGGAUUUACUUCGCACCAGUUAACAUUGUUGUUCCAAAAGUAAUUAUCUUAUUUUAAAAACCUCACUCGGAAAUACCUUUCUGGAUGAGUUGUAGUUGGAUAAACAGGAGGGUAAUGAGAGGCUCCAGAAGAUGGUGGGCAGCUGUCCUGCUCUGGGGCGCAGCGCUGAUCGCAGAGGCACGUCCAAACAAAGAAGGAUUUACCCUGAUGGCGUAUCGACCUCUCGUCAGAUUCCGUCACAAGCAGGAUGGGAUCUCAGAGAGUUUACGGAUUAAAGGGUUCUUUGGUCAGAAUGGCUUUCCUGGGCCCUGUGAACAUAAGUACUGUGGUUUGGGAAAGCACUGUGUGGUUGACCGAGAAACAGGUGAAGGAGAAUGUCAGUGUCUGGAAAGUUGCAAACCACAUUAUAAACCUGUGUGCGGAUCUGAUGGCAAACUCUACCAGAACCACUGUGAGCUUCACAGAGCCUCCUGUAUGGCCCAUCAGAGAAUAACCAUCAUGCACAGCGAGGAAUGCUUCUACAAAGAUGAUAACUGUCAUCUGGGAGAUUAUAAAAAAUUGAAGACCGAGAUGUUGGACUUACAUGCUCAGAGGUACUUGACCCCCGGUAACCAUGGCAGCCACGAGAACGAUAUGGCAACUAGGAAACAUCUGGUGGACAUGAUGUUCAAGCGCUUUGACGCAGAUGGUAAUGGAAGAGUUGACAGCAGUGAGCUCUCACAGGUCAUCAAGCAGGAAGGUCUGAGCAGGACGGCAUCAGAAUGCACUCUGUUCGAUCUGUUCAAAUAUAAUGACGUCAAUGAUGACGAACACCUAACCAGAGAGGAGUUCUACACAGCUUUUGAGGUCUAUCAGCUCAGCCUUCCUGAAGACCAGAAGCUGAGCAUCACCACAGUAACGGUGGGUCAGGGCGCCGUGCUCACGUGUGCCAUCACAGGAGACCAGCAGCCGCCAAUCAUCUGGAGACGCAACAACCAUGCUCUCAACAUGCUGGAGCUGGAGGACAUUAACGAUUUCGGAGAUGAUGGAUCACUGUACAUUACCAAGGUGACCACUACGCACAUGGGCAACUACACCUGCCAUGCAGACGGCUACGAGCAGCUUUUCCAAACACACACCCUGCAGGUUCAUGUGCCCCCUGUUAUCCGGGUGUACCCUGAGAGCCAGGCACGUGAGCCGGGGGUCACAGCCAGUCUGCGGUGCUACGCUGAGGGCAUCCCUGACCCACAACUCUCAUGGCUGAAGAACGGCAUGGACAUCACCACGAAACUCUCCAAACAACUCACACUUCAGGCUAACGGGAGCGAGGUGCACAUCAGUAACGUCCACUUUGAGGACACCGGUGCCUAUACCUGCAUUGCCCGUAAUGAGGCGGGAGUGGACCAGGACAUCUCCUCUCUAUUCGUGGAGGACUCAGCUCGGAAAACGUUGGCAAACAUCCUGUGGAGAGAAGAAGGUCUGGGGAUUGGAAACAUGUUCUAUGUGUUUUAUGAGGACGGUAUUAAAGUCAUCCAGCCAGUGGCCUGUGAGAUUCAGAGACACAUCAAACCCAGCGAGAAGCUUCUUGGCCUGCAGGAGGAGGUCUGUCCACAAGUGGAGGGAGAGAAGGAUCAGAAAUGUGUAUGGACAUCAGCCGUCAAUGUGAAGGACAAGUUCAUUUAUGCCACACAGCCUUUGCUGAACAGGUUGCUCAUUGUAGACAUCCAAUCCCAGAAAGCUGUUCAGGUAAGCCAAUGAAUCAGUAACUAAAACAUUAUUCUUGUGAACAUA